AUGACUGUUCAGGAGUCCCAAUUGGAAUCUGAUAGAGCCAACGAGCUGCAACGUCUGGUGGUGCCGGCCAUUGAGCUCAUCAUUGAACAGAUCAGAGACACCGAUUCGGGCAAAAGAUCGCUUGGCCCCAGACACGAAGACCCAAAGUCGCUGUACUCAACGUUGGAUCUGGACAAGUCGCUUGAAAAGGGUCUCAGAGACAGGGAAUCCGCGCCAGAAGAGGUGCUCGCCGUGGUGAAAAAUAUCCUGGACACCUCCGUCAACACCUGGCAUCCCGGCUUCCUCGACAAACUGUACGCCUCCACGAACCCCAUUGGUGUUCUAUCGGACAUUGUACUGUCUGUGCUCAACACGAAUUCGCACGUGUUCACGGUGUCGCCGGCGCUUACUGUGAUUGAGCGCAAGGUUGCACAGAAAUACGCCGCGCUGUUUGGGUUCACUGGGCCAACAGCCGGCGGGUUGACGUUCAGUGGUGGCUCCUGGUCCAAUAUCACGAGCUUGCACAUGGCACGCAGCAUUUUGUUCCCCGAAACCAAGCUCGACGGUAACCUUCACAAGUUUGCCAUCUACACGAGCGUUCACUCGCACUACAGCGUUGAGAAAGCGGCCAUCUUGCUUGGAUUGGGCGCACGCAGCGUGUUCAAGGUUCCUGUCGACAAGAAGGGCCGAAUGGACGUUAAAAAGCUCGACGACAUCAUAGAGAAGUCAAAGAUUAACGGAUACACACCGCUGUAUGUGAAUGCGACCGCAGGAACCACCGUUUUCGGCUCGUUCGACCCGUUCGAAGAGGUGGCUACCGUUGCUAAAAAACACCACAUCUGGUUCCACAUCGACGGAUCGUGGGGAGGAAACACCAUUUUCAGCAGCAAGCGGAACGGUCUGCUGCGCGGGUCGCACUUGGCCGACUCCAUCACGUCCAACCCGCACAAGAUGCUGGGUGUUCCAACAACAUGCUCUUUUCUGCUGGUUCCUAACGACCGCGUCUUCACCCAGGCCAACUCGCUCUCGGCUCCGUACCUGUUCCACAACAACGAGGACGACAGCGACAACUUUGACCUUGCGAACGGAACGAUGGGCUGCGGUCGCCGUGGAGACGCACUCAAGUUCUACCUGGGAUGGCUCUACUACGGCACGGCUGGCUACCGGGACCGGGUGGACCACGCGUACGCGAUGGCAGACUACUUUGUCAACAAGGGCAGCGCCACACCCGGGUUCACCAUCGUGAGCGACACCCCGGUGCAGUGUCUGCAGGUGUGUUUCUACUACGCUCCGGGGAACAAACCGCUUACCGGGCAACAGCGCACUCACGUGACCAGAACGAUAGCCACGCGGUUGCACAGCAGCGGCGAGUUUCUGGUGGACUACGCCCCGAACCCGGACGACGCGGCCACGGGCCAGGACAACGGCGAGUUCUUCCGCGUGGUAUUCAACUCGCCGAUCGUGUCGAGCCGCGUGGUGGACCAGCUGGUGCACAAGGUGGUCGAGCUCGGCAGCACCAUAGAUCUUUAA